ACCAGUUUUACGAAAUAACAUUUUAAUUAAAUGGACAUUGAAAUAUAAAGGGAGAUCAUAUCCACUUGUUUAAAAUGCUUGCAUUUCCCAAGCGCAAGGUGUCAGUAUAAAGCAAUUUAUUAUCGACGAUUUUCUAAAUGGCACGGGAAUAUCCUAAUAAGCUAUUUUGUGUUUUCGACAGCGUUACUGCAAACAAACAUAACGAAAUGUAAAUGUAUGCAGUAAAUUAGUUCUAAAAACGUGUCAAAGCGUGAACGCCUGAAGCGCAUGCGUGAAAAAUGCCUGAUCAGUGCUACGCUGUCGACGCCCCUAGCGACUGGGAAAUGUAGUUCUGAAUGAAGACCGGCUUUUUUGUAGUACUACGUAGAAGAUACCUACAAUGGCUUCCAUUCAAGAAAACACGCAGUGGCCCCGAGUAUCAAAGUUCAUUCUCUCUGCAUGUGCUGCAACUGUAGCAGAAUUAGUCACAUAUCCCCUUGACCUUACCAAAACCAGGCUCCAGGUACAAGGUGAAGGUGGUACCCAUCAGAAUGGUGGUAGUGCACGUACUCGAACCCAAAACAGGGGCAUGCUAAGCACAGCUGUGGGUAUUGUGCGUGAAGAGGGGCCCUUCAAAUUAUGGCAAGGGGCCACACCAGCUAUCUAUAGGCAUAUAGUUUAUUCCGGAGGCAGGAUGUUGGCCUAUGAACAGCUCAGGGAGGGAGUUUUGGGAAGGUCUGAAGAUGGAAGCUUUCCAUUUUGGAAAGCAGUGAUCGGCAGUAUGGUAUCAGGUGCUUUGGGCCAGUUCAUUGCUAGUCCAACAGAUCUAGUAAAGGUUCAAAUGCAGAUGGAGGGCAGGCGUCGACUAGAAGGGAAACCUCCAAGAGUAAACGGGGUCUACCAUGCUUUUAUGAAAAUCAUUACAGAGGGAGGAAUAAGGGGCCUUUGGGCUGGAUGGGUACCCAAUGUCCAGAGAGCUGCACUGGUUAAUUUAGGAGACUUGAUGACCUAUGAUACAGUAAAGCAUUUUCUACUAAGAAACACAUCCAUACAGGACAACAGCUUUUGUCAUGGAUUGUCAAGCAUAUGCUCUGGAUUGGUUGCAGCAAUUAUGGGAACGCCAGCCGAUGUGGUAAAAACUAGGGUAAUGAACCAGCCAAGGGAUUCAAAUGGGAGGGGCCUUAUGUAUAAGUCUUCUAUAGACUGUCUGGUUAAAUCAGUGAGGGGAGAAGGGUUUUUAUCCCUCUAUAAAGGAUUUCUUCCUACCUGGUUUAGAAUGGCUCCCUGGUCUUUGACCUUUUGGCUAACAUUCGAGCAAAUGAGACGAGUAAUGGGCUUGAACUCAUUUUAAUGAUUUUACUGGAAUAGUAAGAAAUGCUCUUGUUGGAUCUAGAUGGUGUAUUUCCUUUUACUUUGUUAUUUCUAGACUCAAAAACCUAAUUUUCCUGCACACUUAUGUAAAUGUAUGUAAAAGACAAAAUAAAACAGUAUUGGAAAUCA